AUGGAUGAUAGGUACAUAAAGAUUGAAAAAGUUGGAGAAGGGACAUUUGGUGUGGUAUAUAGAGGCAGAGAUCAAAAAACAGGAUGCGUUGUUGCAUUAAAAAAAUUUCGUAUACAAAAUCAGUUUGCUGGUGGUGGUAGUAGUAUGCCAGGCAUACCUUAUACAGCCAUUAGAGAAAUAUCAAUACUAAAGAGAAUUAAUAAUAAGAACAUUGUGAAAUUAUUAGAUACAGUUCAAUCUGAAAAUAAUAUAUAUUUGAAAUUUUUGUGGCAAUUAAUGAAUGGUGUUUGUUUUUGCCAUUCUAAUCGAAUUCUUCAUCGCGACUUGAAACCACAUAAUUUGUUGAUUGAUUCUAAUGGAAAUUUAAAACUAGCGGAUUUUGGAUUAGCAAGAGUAUGUAGUCUUCCAAUAAAAGCGUAUACUCAUGAGGUUGUAACUUUAUGGUAUCGAGCCCCUGAAAUACUUCUUGGAUGUCAACAAUAUUCAACUGGUGUAGAUAUUUGGAGUGUAGCCUGUAUAUUUGCUGAAAUGUUUUUGAAGGACGCUUUAUUCAGAGGUGGCAGUGAAAUAGAUCAACUUUUUAAAAUAUUCAGUUUACUUGGUACGCCAAAUGAAAAUACAUGGCCUGGAGUUUCCAACCUACCAAAUUAUAAAGUAAUUUUUCCUAAUUGGGCAGCAAAACCAUUAAAAUCACGUAUUCCCAACCUGAACUAUGAAGCAAUUGAUUUAUUAGAGAAUAUGUUGGUUUAUGAACCCAACAAACGAAUUUCAGCAAAAUUAGCAUUGUAUCAUCCAUAUUUCGAUAGUUAUAACCAACGAAAACGUAUAAUACAUUAA